CUUCAUUUCGCUUCAGCUUGCUCAGGUUAAAAAAAGAACAAGGAAAGAAUCGAAAAAGUAAAGCAACCAACAAAAAAGUGUACAGCAUGAACUAUAUUGUGGCGUUUUCUGUCCUCUCGUGUGGUUUGGUUGUGGUGGCUGUAGACGACACAAGUCAGUACCCUGACACUUUACGCGAUCCCACGAUCAACAGCCGUCUUCCACCCGGUUCUGACUUCGAUAACCGCGGCUUUGAUAGGUAUCGACCUAAUUCUCAGUUCGAUGACAGAUAUGGCAAUAAUCCUUAUGAUAACCGAUACGGUCCUCGGGGAAGCGGAUAUUACCCUUUCGGCUCCAGAAGAAAUGAAAACUAUCCUUACGACGACCAGUUCCAAUUUCGGUAUCCGCAAUCUCCUUACCGCAAUACCUUCAAUUCCCGAUACCCCUACGACAAUCGAUUCGAUUCCCGAUACCCCUACGACAAUCGAUUCGAUUCCCGAUACCCAUAUGACGAUAGAUUCGAUUCCCGAUACCCCUACGACAAUCGAUUCGAUUCCCGAUAUCCAAACGAUUAUCGCUUCAAUAACCUAGGAGAUAGAAGCUAUCUUUAUGAUCGUCUCCUCGAUGAUCAAGGCUAUGGAAGUUAUCCUUCCUACAGGUAUCCCGAUAACAACAGAGGUUACUCGAGUGGUAGUCGCUAUGGUACUAGAGCCUACGGUAGAAGAUAUCCUUAUGACUCAGCAUAUGGUAACUCAGUCCCUUAUGGUAACCGUGUUUCUAACUACAGGAGGUCUUUCCGCUCUGCAGACGAUGCUUCUCCAUUAGUUUACUCUUCAAGAGAUAAAUACCCCGCCAGUGCGAGCAGUAAUGUUCAGUAUCAACUAAAAGUUCCAGGAGUUAACGCAGGUGGAGGAGACGAGCCCUCUCGAAUCUCCAAAGCAAACAAGAACACUCAGAAUAAGUAGAUCAAGUUCAUCUUCGCCAUUUU